AUGACCAAACCAAAUUCAACGAUCGAGCAGGAACUCCAAGGUACGACUCCUCUCUCCACUUCCCAUCCCAAAACAAGACACCAACGUCCGAAAACCCCCACUAACUAGACUAAAGAGCUCUUGACAACCCCUCAGGAAUUGUCCAAUACCGUGGAGCGUAGAAUCAACGCUCUAUCUCCAGGCAUAGCGAAAGCAGGAAAGAAAGUCGAUUCAUAUCCCUCAAAAGACUCAGCCUCAGUCCUCCUCGAAAACUUCAAAAGGUUGAGAGAGAGUAUUAGAUGCGGAUCAGCAGACUUCGAAAAGUACAUGGCAGAGCUAGAGGACCGGCUUUCUAGGAUCAAUAUAGAGGAGAAUGAACCGGAAUACGUGGUUGUAGAGCCAAGAACGAGUCGUUGA